CAGGGCCCCGGCUGGGAGACUGACGGACCGCGCCUGGUGUCUUUCUGGAGUCCCUGAUGUGGCCAUACUCCGGGGUUUCCAGACUCGGGGUUUCUCCAGGGCAUGAGCUGGCUGGUGGAGGCGCGUGAGGGAGACGCAGGGACUUCCGUUUCCUUCACCUAGAAAAGGUGGACAAGUCCUAUUUUCAAGAGAAGAUGACUUUUAACAGUUUUGAAGGAUCUAAAACUUGUAUACCUGCAGACAUCAAUAAGGAUGAAGAAUUUGUAGAAGAGUUUAAUAGAUUAAAAACUUUUGCUAAUUUUCCAAGUACUAGUCCUGUUUCAGCAUCAACACUGGCACGAGCAGGUUUUCUUUAUACUGGUGAAGGAGAUACCGUGCGGUGCUUUAGUUGUCAUGCAGCAGUAGAUAGAUGGCAAUAUGGAGACUCAGCAGUUGGAAGACACAGGAAAGUAUCCCCAAAUUGCAGAUUUAUCAACGGCUUUUAUUUUGAAAAUAGUGCCAUGCAGCCUACAAAUCCUGGUGUCCAGAAUGGUCAGUACAAAGUUGAAAACUAUCUGGGAAACAGAAAUCAUUUUGGUUUAGACAGGCCAUCUGAGACUCACGCAGACUAUCUUCUGAGAACUGGACAGGUUGUAGAUAUAUCAGACACCAUUUACCCAAGGAAUCCUGCCAUGUGUAGUGAAGAAGCUAGAUUAAAGUCAUUCCAGAAUUGGCCAGACUAUGCCCACUUAACCCCAAGAGAGUUAGCUAGUGCUGGACUCUACUACACAGGUAUUGAUGAUCAAGUGCAGUGCUUUUGUUGUGGUGGAAAAUUGAAAAAUUGGGAACCUUGCGAUCGCGCCUGGUCAGAACACAGGCGACACUUUCCUAAUUGCUUCUUUGUUUUGGGCCGGAACAUUAAUACUAGAAGUGAAUCUGAUGUUGUGAGUUCUGAUAGGAAUUGCCCAAAUUCAACAAAUCUUCCAAGAAAUCCAUCCAUGGCAGAUUAUGAAGCACGGAUCAUUACUUUUGGGACGUGGAUAUACUCAAUUAACAAGGAGCAGCUUGCAAGAGCUGGAUUUUAUGCUUUAGGAGAAGGUGAUAAAGUAAAGUGCUUUCACUGUGGAGGAGGGCUAACUGAUUGGAAGCCCAGUGAAGACCCAUGGGAACAACAUGCUAAGUGGUAUCCAGGGGCAACAACUGCUGAAAAAACACCAUCACUAACUAAAAGAAUUGAUGAUACCAUCUUCCAGAAUCCUAUGGUACAAGAAGCUAUACGAAUGGGAUUCAGUUUCAAGGACAUUAAGAAAAUAAUGGAAGAAAAAAUUCAGAUAUCUGGGAGCAACUAUAAAUCAGUUGAGGUUCUGAUUGCAGAUCUAGUGAGUGCUCAGAAAGACAGUACACAAGAUGAAUCAAGUCAGACUUCAUUGCAGAAAGAGAUUAGUACUGAAGAGCAGCUAAGACGCCUGCAAGAGGAGAAGCUUUGCAAAAUCUGUAUGGAUAGAAAUAUUGCUGUGGCUUUUAUUCCUUGUGGACAUCUGGUCACUUGUAAACAGUGUGCUGAAGCCGUUGACAAAUGUCCCAUGUGCUACACAGUUAUUACUUUCAAGCAAAAAAUUUUUAUGUCUUGAUCUAACUCCAUAGUAGGCAUGUUAUGUUCUUAUUACCCUGAUUGAAUGUGUGAUGUGAACCGACUUUAAGUAAUCAGCCUUGAAUUCCAUUAGCAUUUACUGCGGAGUAGGAAAAAAAUGUAAAUGGCAGUGUCUUAGUUGUCAAUCUAUGCUUUGGCUUUCUGGGCUUUGGGGGGUAUUAGCUGUAUAAUUUAUCCAAUUUCCUUUACUGUUAUUUAAUUAAAACUCUAAAAAGCAUUAUGUUACACAUAUAACUGAUGGCAACAUGUAGUAUACUGACUUAGUUGCUCAGUGUAAGUAAAUUAAUCAUCUGAAUUUUCUACUCUUAUCAGAUAGGCUUAACAAAUGGAGCAUUCUGUAUAAAUGUGGAGAUGAGAGUUAAUCUCCCCAAUCACAUAAUUUGUUAUGUGUGAAAAGGAAUGAACCUUUCCACGCUGGU